UCAGGCGUCGGCCCUCAGCGACCGCAAUAGAAUGCUCCUCACGCAACUCCCUUGUGCCGCGUUCUGCUCGCAAGUCUGGCCGCUCAGGUGCUCAUUCUGCAGUGUCAGCAUGGCCCUCACUGCAGUGAGGGCGUUCUCACGAUGCAGUGCGUCAUCAAGGCGGUCCUGGGCCGGCUGUCGCUCGGCCGCGUGUCGGGCGACCUGCUGUCUUGCCUCAUCUGCAUGGCGCUGGAGCUGGGCAGUCUUGACGUCAGCCUCCCACUGCCUCACUUUGGCCCUGGUUCGCUCCCUGAAGGCUCUCACGCGAAGAUCCAU